GCUGUGGGGGAACGGGGCCGCGGGUAGGGGAUAGCAAGCCCAGGGUAGGUCACGUUCCUGCCGGCCCCGGGGGUUCCCGGCCUCUCCCCUCCGCCCCAGCCCGGCCCCGCCAAGCCGCAGGAGGAGCCCGAGCCGCGGCCCGGCCCGGCGGGGCGGCAGGGGGAGCCCGAGCCCGAGGCGGGCGCAGCGGCGGGGCGAGCCGGGGCUGCCUCCGGCUGCCAGCGGCCGCCGCAGGAACCGCGCGGGCGACUCCUCGGAGCCGGAGGCGGCGCGGAAAGCCCGGCGCGGAAGCCCAGGAUGCGGCGGCCGCGGGCUUCGCCGCCGCCGGCCUCUGCCUAGCGGUCCCCCUCCCUUCCCCCGGCGGCGGCAGCUGCGAGGCUGCGGCAGCUGCCAGGCUCCGGCACUCGGCGCCGGGGAGCAGGAAGCGGCGCUCGGCCGGCGGGGCCGGCUCCCAACGCCCCCCCCGCCUCCCCCGCCCAGCGCAGAGCGGGCGCCGGCGGCACGGCCCCGCCGCGGGAGCAGCAGGCGCUAGCGUCGAAUGCCUGCGCUACGCCAUCCCGGUGCUGCCGCGGCCUGGACUCAUCGGAGAGCGCGGGCGAGGAGGCGGCGGGCGAUCAGAGGGCAGUGGCAGCCGCUCCUUUGUGUCCCAGUUCAAGCAGUAUGUUUUUGACAGCAAUAGUGAAGAACUGGAAGAUUGGUUAAUUAACAUACUAAAAUGGAGUAUCUACCAGUGGAGUAACUAAGGUGCUGACAAGUUUUGACUUCUUCAUCCUCAUAAACAUGAGUGAAGUUCAGGCUAUGGUAGAAUUCUCCGUGGAGCUCCACAAAUUCUUCAAUGUGGAUUUGUUUCAAAGAGGCUUUUACCAGAUUCGUGCAUCUAUGAAAAUUCCUCCAAGAAUUCCACACAAAUUAGAAGCUAGCUUGUUACAUGCAACUGGUGCGGAUCUUGCCUUUCCUGCUUCAAUCCACGACAAUAUAGUUUGCAGCAAAACAUUUCAGAUUCUUUACAAAAAUGAGGAAGUUUCUGUGAAUGAUGUGAUGAUUUUCAAAAUAAAAAUGCUGUUAGAUGAGAGGAAGAUCGAGGAAUCUCUUAAUGAAAUGAAUUUUCUGCUAACAUUAGAUCUACACUUCACAGAUACAGACUAUUCACCAGAUGACCUGAGCACACUACAGCCAAUUAGUAGCCGAACUUUAAAGUUGCACUUUAACUUGCACCGGGGCCUUCAUCAUUACGUCAAUGUUAUGUUUGAUUACUUCCACCUUUCUGUCAUAUCAGUUAUAGUCCAUGCUUCUUUGGUUGCUCUGCAUCAGCCGUUGAUAAGCUUUCCUCGCCCAGUGAAGAAUACGUGGUUGAACAGGAAUGCACCAGCACAAAACAGGGACUCUGUGAUUCCUUCUCUUGAAAGUGUGGUCUUUGGCAAUAACUACACAAAACAGUUAUCAGCAGAUGGUUGCAGUUUUGUUGUUUCAGAAUCUUUCCUCAGCCAUGCCUAUAAUUUCCACUAUACGCUUUGUGCCAGUUUGCUGCUUGCUUUCAAAGGGUUACAUAGCUAUUUCAUUAUGAUAACAAAGGAGCUCCCCUCUUCUCACCGAAUUGAAUUGGCCAAGGCCAGCAUGCAGGUCCUUUAUGAACGCCUUCUCAGAAGAAAAUAUCCACGAACCCAGAGAGACGCCUACCUAGAAAACAUAGAUGUAGAAGUUCGUCUUACAGAAUUGUGUGAAGAAGUAAAGAAAAUGGAAAAUCCUGAUGAACUGGCAGAACUUAUAAAUAUGAAUCUUGCUCAGCUUUGCUCACUUCUAAUGGCUCUCUGGGGGCAAUUUCUGGAGGUCAUUACCUUACAAGAGGAGGUCACAGCAUUGCUAGCCCAAGAGCAUCACACAUUAAGAGUGCGCAGAUUUGCAGAAGCAUUCUUUUGUCUUGAACAUCCUAGGCAAGCUGCCCUUGCCUAUCAAGAACUACAUGCUCAAAGUCAUCUACAGAUGUGUGCAGCUAUCAAAAACACUUCCUUCUGCAGUUCUCUUCCACCCCUCCCCAUUGAAUGCAGUGAACUAGAUGGAGAUAUGAACUCCUUGCCUAUAAUCUUUGAAGAUCGGUAUUUAGAUUCAAUUACUGAAGAUCUGGAUGUACCCUGGUUGGUAGUUCAGAGUCUUCCAAGGUCAGACUCCAAUAAACUGGAUAAAUUUGAAGCUGAAGAAGGUUUUGUAGCUGGUUUUACUAGUCCAGAACUGAAAAUAAGACCUGCAGCUGCCUCCAACCUUUGGCAUUCAGAAAGUGAAAAGACGCUAACAAAAACUUUGAAAGGGAAAAAUGAAGAUGCAAAUAAAUCCAAAGUUAAGGUUACUAAGCUCAUGAAAACAAUGAAACCUGAAAAUACAAAAAAAGUCGUAAAACAAAACUCUAAGGACUCUGUGGUCUUAGUAGGCUACAAAUGUUUGAAAGGUGCAGCACUGGACGAUGCUUCUAGAAGCUCAGAAGGCAGGUCUUCAUGCAAUGCUAACGAAGGGCUGGACCCUGCAUUAGGUGGAUUUCCUUGUGAUACAAAAUCCUGUACCAGGCAAAUAAGUCAAAGAGAACUUCAGUUUUUGCCAUCUGGAACUGAGGAAAAGACUGCCAAGAUUGAAGGUGUCCAACCAGGUCCAGGUAGUCCUGUGCACUGUGAAAAUAUGGCUAUUUUUAGUAGACUCACUAUCUCCCAGACAGAUUCUGGAACUAUACAAGCAGAUAGUUCUCUACAACCCAGAGGUACACCUGAAGGUUGUCCCGGAGGUCAGCCAGCUUCCUCAGGAGUCAGGACAAUUGAGGUCAAACCAAGUAAUAAGAAUCCCUAUGAAGGGGAGAAAGUAACUGUUCAUAUUGGAUCAUGGGCCGAGUUUCCACAAGAUGGAGCGCAAGGAGAGAAUUUGCAGACACCCAAUAUUCAGUCUUCGGAAUCUGGAAAUAAAUUGAAUUCAGGAGAACAGGAACCAGUGCUUGAAAAGGAAGAUGCCCAGGAACGAAUCUUCCGACAUACCAGUGACAUCUUGACAAAAAUGAAAAGUAAUCAGCCUACUUUUUCUGCAAAAGAAAAUCAACUUUCUGCAAGCGGAGACAUGACUAAAUUACCAGAUGUUAGCGUGACAUACGCCUCCUCUAGGUUUUCAGAUUCAGGUGUAGAAAGCGAACCAAGUUCUUUUGCAACUCACCCCAACCCUGAUCAGGUUUUUGAAAAUGCACAAGGGCAAAGUGCAUACAAUGGUGAGAGAGUACUUCCUCAGCUUUUACUAAAACCGGACUGUGCUAUAAAAAAUGCAAUAGAAAGCCAUUGCACUGAGAGUACCAGCGCUGUAAGUGAAAUACAGUCAUCCCUGACAUCCAUAAAUUCUCUGCCUUCAGAUGAUGAUGAACUGUCACCUGAUGAGAAUUCAAAGAUAUCUAUUGUACCUGAAUGCCAGCUAAGUGACAGUAAAACGGUAUUGGAUCUUGGAGCAAUUGACUUGCCAAAAUGUGAUGACAGUAAAAAAUCAAACACUGAUUUGCAGCAACAGUGUGUUGUAUUUUCAGGGCACUCGGAUAACAAAACUCUGUCUAUACAUUCCUCGCUCUCAGGAACAAAAGAUCUUUUACACUUAGUUGUUUCAGAUGAGGAUACGUCUACUGAUGUGAAAAGUUACAGCCAACAGGCGGACAUUGGCACAACCUGCAAGGAAUCUCAGGACCAUGAAAGGCAUCUUAACACUACAGAAGAAACAGUUAAAUUGCGUUUGGCAAUUACUUGCAUGGGCGAGCCAUCUGUGGUUUCAGGUUCUUCAUCUGCAAAUACAGUGUAUGAGGUUGAAAAAACAAAUGAAGGAAAACUUAACGAGCCUUUAGAACUAAAGGAGACAACUGAAGAACUGUCAGCAGCUAAAUGUGAAACUGGUACAGAUAAUCCUUCUCCAACCAGUAGUACUGACAUGGUAAAGCAAGGGCUUGUCGAAAACUAUUUUGGCUCUCGAAGCAGCACAGAUAUUUCAGAUAUUUGGCCUGUGGACAACAGCAAUCCUGUUAGCCCUCAAAAGGAAACAUAUGAAAAACAAAUCAUUUGCUCUUCCCAGCAAGAUGAGGAAGAGGAGGAGGAUCAGGAAAUGAUUGAAAAUGGGUAUUAUGAAGAAACAGACUAUAGUAUAUUAGAUGGGGCUUCCAGUGCUGACCAGGAUCAUGGCUCAGCAGAAGAGAGAGCCCUGAGAUCUGAAAGGAUUGACAGCGGGCAUCUGAGAGACGGAAUGUCUGUGCCUCCUGUCUGUACUCCUGGUUGUCUGUCUUUUCCUUCUUCCCUGAGAGACUCUCCUUGCAAUGUUAUCUGUUCUUCAAGGACUAAAUCUGAUGCAAUUACACAACAGCCAGGCAGCACAUCCUACGGCACAGCUUCAUCUGUUUCCUGGUAUGAAAGCUCCCCAAAACCUCAAAUGUUAGCUUUCCUGCAGGCUAAAGAAGAAUUGAAGCAACUUAAACUUCCUGGAUUUAUGUACAGUGAUGUUUUCAAACUGGCUUCUUCAAUACCUUAUUUCAGUAUGGAAGAGGAUGAUUGUUCAGAAGAAGGAAUACAUCUUAUAGUCUGUGUCCACGGCCUAGAUGGUAACAGCGCAGAUCUAAGAUUAGUGAAGACAUACAUUGAGCUAGGGCUGCCCGGAGGGAGAAUAGAUUUUCUUAUGUCCGAAAGGAAUCAGAAUGAUACCUUUGCUGAUUUUGAUUCCAUGACAGAUCGCCUUUUAGAUGAAAUUAUACAGUAUAUACAAAUUUAUAAUCUAACCCUUUCAAAAAUCAGCUUUAUUGGUCAUUCACUGGGUAAUUUAAUAAUCCGUUCAGUGCUCACAAGACCUCGAUUUAAAUAUUACCUCAACAAACUUCAUACCUUCCUGUCUCUGUCUGGACCACAUCUUGGUACCCUCUACAACAGCAGUGCUCUUGUUAAUACAGGGCUGUGGUUUAUGCAGAAGUGGAAGAAGUCUGGUUCUUUAUUGCAAUUGACGUGUCGAGACCAUUCAGAUCCACGACAAACAUUCUUAUACAAACUUAGUAAAAAAGCAGGUCUUCAUUACUUCAAAAACAUUGUGUUAGUGGGAUCUCUGCAGGAUCGUUAUGUUCCUUACCACUCCGCUCGCAUUGAGAUGUGUAAAACAGCUUUAAAGGAUAAACAAUCAGGACCAAUUUAUGCUGAAAUGAUACAGAACCUGCUUCUGCCAGUUCUUCAAAAUAAGGAAUGUAAUUUGGUUCGUUAUAAUGUAAUUAAUGCAUUACCCAAUACAGCAGAUUCUCUCAUAGGGAGGGCUGCACACAUUGCUGUUCUUGAUUCAGAAAUAUUUUUAGAAAAAUUCUUUCUCGUUGCUGCCCUAAAAUAUUUUCAGUAGAGAAAAGCAUUGUAAGAGACUUGGUUAUUACCUCAUUAACAGAUGAAUCAAAUAAUGUGUGGUGUUAAAGUAUAGCUGCAGCUGUAUUUUAAGAGAUAUUUAUACUUUUUAUAUGGAAGAUAAUUUAUAUCAUCCACACUUAGGGCUUUUUAACAUCAACUUUACUUUCUAGGUAAUGUGGCUGUGCAAUAUUUUUUUAUUUUGUUCUUUUUACUUUUCUAUUUCUUAAUUUUGGGUACCUAAUUAUUUGAAGAUUAAAGUACAGUGCAUACUUUUUGGUUGGUUUAUUAUUGGCUCAGACUACAGAAGUCAAUGUUACUUGGCUACAUUUUACAGGAGGCUUUAGAUGCCAAAAUAAAUUGGAUUUUAAAAAUCAAAUAUGGUCUUACACGUUCAGUUGUCGUAUUUUAGCACUGUAGGAAGUUUAACUGGAAACCCAAUGAGCUGCUAAAAUACUGGAUAUUUGAAAAUGACUAUAUCUGUGAGUCUCGCAAAGACCAUUACCGAGUUGUCUGUUCAGAUAUCACUACAGCUUAAGAGUUUUCUACAAAGUCAUUAUCAUAAUUGUUAAAUGUGUUAUGCCUGUGGGAAUAUAUUUUCUACUGAUCUCAAAACCAUGUUAGUUUACAUAGUCAAUUUUAUUACUGGAACUUCAGUUUUCAGAAGCAAAUGGCAACUAAGGGGUUUUGAAUGUUUAAUGAUAGCUGCCUUCAAAUAAUUGGGGUUUUGCAAACUGCGUUAAAAUUGCUCCUUACUCUGUCAGUUCUUCAGACAAACCUGGACAGUUUUACGUGGACUUCCUUGUAUGUACGUAAAAUAAGUAAAUGUUAUAAAUUUCUGCAAUACUUUUAUGAAUUUAAGCAAUUUUUAAAUAUUGUUAAAAUGUUUUAUUGACUACAAAGUAUUGUAAAUAUAAAUCAAUACAUCUUUAAAUGGGACAAUAUUGUAAACUUUACCUGUUUAGUGAUACAGAUAAAAUGUUUUUGAUAUACAGGAAUGUUAAAGGUCUAUUGACUUUCUACUGGUGCUGAAUAGCAUUAAGUUUGGUUUCUCCUUCCUUCCCUUUUCUCUGUUUCAGAUAAUAAUUCACUAAAGGUGGGGGGGAAAGAGUUACAUGUGCAUUCACUAAUUGUAAUGAUCAUUUUUUGAAAACUAUAAAUUUGUUGUAUAAUGCAUGUUUAUUUUUAGCAUUGUGUUAUUGCAUCUGGUGUUAAUAAAAUGAACAAAUGACUCUAAUGGAAGCAAUUAAAGAAA